AUGAAGGCUGCGGCCCUCAUCAUCAGUCAUGCUGGGUCCGGCAGCGUCUUUGAGGCGCUCAGGCUGCGCAAGCUUGUCAUAGCUGUGCCGAAUGCCAUCCUCAUGGCCAACCAUCAGGCGGAGCUGGCGGAGCAUCUGGCGGCCAUGGGGCAUCUUGUGAGCGCCACCCCUGCCACGCUGGUGGAUGCACUUCGGCAGCUGAAGGCAGCCAAGCUGGUGCCCUACCAGAAGGGCUCCCCACAAGGCAUCGUCGCAGCCAUUGACAAGUUGAUGGGCUUUGCGACAUAUUGA